AAGAAGAAAUGAAUAAAUUGGAAAGAAAAAAAUAUGAUAAAAAUGUUGCUGCUAGCAGUAGUCAAGUUGCUAAUAUUAUUAAAAAUAUUGAUAAAAGAACUAAAAAAGCUGAUAUUAUACUGGUGUUAAAAAUAAAGACAAUUGUUUUUGAUUAG